AUGUCAAGUCAGCAGGAGACGACUACGGUGGACCGGAACGGAGCUGUUGGGGGUAAUUCUCAUGCGGUGGCUCCUCCGACGAUGAGAGCCACGGCGUCGACGGUCCCUGUCCAGAGACUGAGGCUAAACCCUAACAACGAGCACAGGCCGGAUAGUUACGAGGGUAUGGUGCUGGAUUUCCCCAGUUCGAUAUAUUCCAGUCUUGAGAAGUACUUGCCUCCGAAUAUGCUGGUAUCGAGUAGGGAAGAGAAAGUGAAAUUCAUGACUGACAUUAUGCUCAGGCACCUUCCCCAUGGAGAGCGUUCUAGAGCUCAAAGGCACAGCGACUAUAGGCAGAAGAUAAUAUCAAACUAUCAGCCACUUUACAGGGAGUUGUAUACACUAGUUCCCUCACUGUGUUUCGUUCCAGAUUUCCUAAAGGCCAUAAACGAAAACACAGAGAAAAGCUUCAGAAAGAUAAUAUAUGAACCGUCUCCUGGUGUUUUUGUCUUUGACAUGCUCCUACCUAGCUUUUGCGAGAUGAUGCUAGCCGAGAUAGACAAUUUUGAACACUGGGUGGGUGAGUCGAAAUUCCGGAUCAUGAGACCAAACACCAUGAAUAAAUACGGUGCUGUGCUUGACGACUUUGGUCUGGAUACCAUGCUUGAAAAACUCAUGGAGGUAUUCUUCAGUGAUGUGGGUGGAGCAACCCUGGACUCUCACCAUGGGUUUGUUGUUGAGUAUGGUAAAGAUAGGGAUGUUGAUUUAGGCUUUCAUGUGGAUGAUUCAGAAGUGACACUGAAUGUUUGCUUGGGUAACCAAUUUGUGGGAGGGGAGUUGUUUUUCCGAGGCACACGGUGUGAGAAACAUGUCAACACAGCAACAAAGUCUGACGAGAUAUUUGAUUAUUGUCAUAUACCGGGGCAAGCUGUACUUCACCGUGGGCGCCACCGCCAUGGAGCCAGAGCCACAACAGCCGGUCAUCGGGUCAAUAUGCUUCUAUGGUGCAGAAGAUUCUUCCUUGGUAUGUUGUUCAAACGCAGCUCUGUGUUUAGAGAGCUCAAAACUCACCAGAAGGAAUUCUCCAGCUGGUGCGGAGAGUGCUUUGGUGAAAAGAAAGAGAGGAAAGCGCGGGAGUUUGAUGCUCUAAGAAAGAAAUUGUUUAAACCGCGUCCAACCCAAGCUUGA